AUGGAACAAGCAGAAGAAGUCAAGGAGAUUUGGGAAGGAAGGGCAAGAGGACUGAAGGAAGGAGUGAAGAAUCAGAGAUACAUGCCAUUCGAUGAGAGGGAAGCAAAAGCUGGAGACCGGCUGGACUCUGAUGGUAUCGGACCUGUCGCAGAUGACAUGGAUUUGAAUUUCUCUCGCAUUGAAAGGAAGGCUAUGAGUAGCAUCGAUUGGGUAGCCCAGCAGGUUCUUGUUGGAAAUGUCAACGCUGCGCAAGACUUGAAUUGCUUGAAAUCAUACGGAGUGACGCACAUCUUGAAUCUGGCCUCGUCGAAAUGUCCGAAUUUCUUUCCCCAGCGCUUCUACUACAAGUCUCUUCCCUUAACCGACACUCCUUCCCAGAACAUCAUGCAGUACUUCCCGGAGACGUCAAGUUUCAUUCAUGAUGCUAAGCGAUAUGGUGGCACUGUUUUCGUGCAUUGUAUCGAGGGUAAGUCAAGGUCGGCAACCUGUGUCAUUGCGUACUUGAUGGACACUGAGAACUACACGCUGCAAGAGGCUCUCAUGCAGGUCAAGAGUGGACGGCCCAUUGUCCAGCCGAAUGAAGGUUUCAUGAUUCAACUUCAGCACUACGAGUCCGUGCUCAGGUCCCGUGCAUCCCAGACCCAGUCUUCUGUUCGCCAUUACAAUGUUUCUCCGGGCCCAGCGAUCAAUCCCAACCCUAUUCUUAGCACAGGAAGCAUUCAGGUGCCUGUGGGAAUGAGUGCUUCAGCAUGGCCAGGUCAGCGGCUCAGCAGCGGAGUGAUGCCAAACCCUCCAGCUAUCUCCUUCAACGGCAGCACGAGGAUGAGCGGCCCUGCUCAGGUGGAGGCUGACAAACGGCAGCAGGAGAGGCCUCUGGUCCAUAGGGGGCUGCCCGGCUCGCUGUCAAGGAGGAACGUUGGCGGUGAAGGUGCCUCCUCCAGCCUGCAUGCAGUGGUACAGCAGAAGUCGCUGUCGAAUAAUCAUGUUCGUGCAAAAGCUCAGCGAGACGAGUUCGAGCUCUUCCGGCGAGAAAUGCUCAUCGAUGACAGCAGCGCGCUAGAUCAAGAUGAGUACUUGAAUGCUCAGCAAGAUUCCGAUAUCUUAGGGGCUCUUUCUAGCAGCCGGCUGCUUCAGGAUCUGCUUGAUUCAGAGGAAGACAGCGCAUCCGAGUAUGGCGAUGUAGGAGAAGUGAAAAGAAUGGUAGUUGCUGGUCGAGGACUAGUCGCUAAAGAACUGAUUUGUUGA